AAAGCAGUACAUCAACUACGAGGUGCAGUCUCGAGAUGGGACAAUUCCGUAUACAAUAUUUUGUAUAUUUUCUAUUUACGUGUUUCGAAAUGAAAGCUCUGUUGUACGUUGCUGUGGAGCAAGCUCCGUCGGCAGACGUGAGCGAAACGCACGUACUGGAAAGUUACUUCAGCAAAUUCGACGAGAAGUUUUUCCAAUAUUGCGACAAGGAACUCACCAAGAUAAACACCUUCUAUUCCGAGAAGCUGGCAGAAGCGACACGCAGAUUUGCCACUCUCAACAGCGAGCUGAGCGAGAUCUUGUCGGUUUCCGAGGACGCUAAGACCGGCGAUGAUCACAAGGCGUCACGCUAUCGCAGUCACAUCCUGCACAAAAAGCCGGUGUCGGCGGGCAAACUGCAGAAGUUGAAGUGGGCGUUCUCCGAGUUCUACCUUUCCUUGAUUCUCCUGCAGAAUUAUCAGGAUCUGAAUUUCACCGGAUUCCGGAAAAUCCUGAAGAAGCACGACAAACUUCUGAAUGUGGACAUCGGGGCGAAAUGGCGGGCGGAGCACGUCGACACGGCGAUCUUUCACACUCGCACGGACAUAGACAGGCUGAUCACGGAAACCGAGACUCUGUUCACGCGGGAUCUGGAACAGGGUGACCGUCAACGGGCGAUGAAACGGCUGAGGGUGCCGCCGCUCGGCGAACACCUCUCGCCGUGGAUCACUUUCAAAGUCGGCCUCUUCUCCGGCGCGUUCAUCAUACUUUUUAUAGCUGUGGUGAUAUCCGCCGUGCGAUACAAAAACAACAUCAACUGGAGGGUGCUCUGUCGGAUUUAUCGCGGGCCACUCCUCAUGAUCGAAUUCCUCUUUCUCAUGGGAGUCAACGUUUACGGCUGGAGGUCCUCCGGCGUGAAUCACGUGCUGAUAUUCGAGCUUGACCCGCGUAAUCAUUUGUCGGAGCAGCAUAUUAUCGAGGUGGCGGCUAUACUCGGCCUGGUCUGGUCCAUGUCUAUUCUGGGCUUUCUCUUCAGCGACACGCUGCGCAUACCGCCAUUUGUCCAACCGGUGCUGUUUUACGCGCUGCUGGCCUUGUUCCUGUUCAAUCCCACGAAGACGCUGCGGCACGAGGCCAGGUUCUGGACGCUGCGUGUCCUGGGUCGCGUCUUCUGCGCGCCCUUCUUCUACGUGAACUUCGCGGACUUCUGGCUCGCCGAUCAGCUCAACUCCCUUCACACGGUCUUCCUGGACUUUCAGUACUUCGUCUGCUUCUACAUACAGAAUUCUUCGUGGACCGAUGUCACAGACGCGGAGACCUGCAUAAUGCGUGAAGUAUCGUUGAGACCGGUCGUCGCGUGUUUGCCGGCGUGGUUCCGGUUCGCCCAGUGCCUCAGGCGUUAUCGGGACACCAAGGAGGGCUUCCCGCACCUGGUGAACGCGGUGAAGUACGCGACAAGCUUCUUCGUGGUUAUCUUCUCUUAUCUGCACCUGAGGAACUCAAACUACUACGCACUGUCCACGGAUAAUCCGUACUUCUACCUGUGGCUGACGGUCAGUGUGGUGAGUUCUUGCUUCACGUACACGUGGGACGUGAAGCUGGACUGGGGCCUGUUCGACAGUAGAGCCGGUGAGAACAAGUUUCUCAGGGAAGAGAUCGUUUAUUCGUCGCCCUAUUAUUAUUACUUUGCGAUAGUCGAAGAUUUUAUCUUGCGAUUCGGAUGGGCGUUUUCCCUGUCUCUGACGGAAAUAGGAUACGUUCACGCGGACCUUAUGGUCUCUAUAGUCGCCCCGUUGGAGGUCUUCAGGCGUUUCGUGUGGAACUUCUUCCGCUUGGAGAACGAGCACCUGAACAACUGCGGCAAAUUCAGGGCGGUGCGGGACAUCUCGGUCGCGCCGGCCGACUGCUCGGACCAGACGCAGAUCCUGCGGAUGAUGGACUCCGUCGAUGGUGUGAUCAAUCGCCGGAAGAAGCAGAAAGUCGAGGAGAAGCGCAAGCCGAUCCGGCUGCUGCUGAUGGGCGAGUCGCUGAUGGACGAUAGUUAAGCAAAAAAAGAAAAAAAGAAAAUCGAUCACCUAGUGAUCCCCCGACUCCGACCUCCGAAAGUCAUCCAGCUGACCCAACUGAAAUCAGGAGGGAAUUGCGCGAGGAUUUCAGCAUGUCAUCGGGAUGUAUCAGCUGUUGCGUUCAAUGUUGCUGUACGCGAGACGUUAUAAUUUCAGCGUCUUAUAGCCUCUCGAUGUGAUUAAAGAUUACGAUCGUCUGUAAGUGUAACGAAUCGAUGUAAUUAUUCGCCAGGGUUGCGAUGGUACGUGCAAAUCAAAAGAAAGACUGCGUCACGAAUGUUCGGGAACUGAUGUACUCACAGAUUCUAAAUAAAAUGUUUAUGAUAUCA